AUGGGAAACAUGGAAAGUCGUCAAUUUGCAGAUGCGCUAUUGCGAGCAUGUCAAGAAAUAAGCGGGGAUAGCGGGGAUAACCCCCCCGACCGACUGCUAGUCCCGGAGUUUCUUGACGCUAUAGAGGUUUUCCUCGAGCAAAUCAAAUCGAAUUGGGACAAGCUGCCUUCUUCCGUAGCCGAUAUCGUCAAGAACAAAUUCAUCCCCCGCUUCGGCCCAACAGAUGAUCCAAAAGGAGAUCCUGAGGCAUGGGUGCAGCAACAGAUCGUCCGCGAGCCUGAUAACGAUUUUCCGAUCCACCUCUACGAUGAACUCGUACCGCUCAGUCUAUCCAGGACCACAUUUGAGGUUGCCAAAAGAAACGUGUUGCUCGUAGCGUUUAGCAACCUACAGGCCAAGGGCGGUUCUGGUCUUGGCCGAAGCGUGCUAACGAGGUACCUCAUCACAGUGAAGGAAGAGGGAUCUGAAGAGGAGAAACGGAAGAUCAGACAAAACUGCAACUUUUUCGCAACAGCAGCGAGUGUCUGGGCAGACAGUCAGACACCGCCAGGGCGCAAGCGCAAACGAAAAACUUCACCCGCACCCAUUGUGUACAUCGAACAAGCCUCACCCCCGCUGCUGAUGACAAGCGAUAGACUGCAGCACAUCGAUACCAACUUGAGUUUUCCGAGUCGAGAUCAUUUUGGGGUUCAAGCUCCCCACCAUCUUCAGGCUUCUCCUGCUGGGGCAAGCCAUCCAUCAGCUGCGCAAGGCACAGGAGGACCCUAUAGUCUCAUCACCCAGCCGGCCCCCGGUACAAGCGAUGAGGAGCUUGUGGGCAUUUCUAGUGAACCACCUUCCGUGGAGCCAGUAUCUGAUGUGGUCGUCCUGGUUGAGGACAACAGGUCGUACCGGGGCGUUGCAGUGAACACUGAGCAGCGACACACGACAUAUUCAAUCGUACCUUCUCGCGAGUACUCCGGGCCUCGCCAGUGGUUUAUCAACGGCGCUAUUGGCGGCGAGCAGAACUCGACGCCUUACAUCUAUGAGUCGGGACCCCAGCGGCCGCUCGCCGUCCAAAAUGUAGUUCCAGACACAGCUUUGUCCGUCAUAUAUGCAAUGAACGAGCGCAACCCGAGGGUUUAG